GUGUGUGUGUGUGUGUGUGGAGGGGGAGCCUUGGACUGUAUGGUGAAGUUAGGACGUUUGAGGAGGUAACGGUGGAGGUAACUUGCCAGCAUGGAUUGCCUCUUUCUCUUGAUAUGGAGUUUGCCUAUCCCACUCGUCAGCUGCACGUCAGUGAAAUUGCUUUCCACGUUAUGGGUCUGGAAUACCCUUAAGACGCUGCACAUUUACUGCUCACAUUCCAAGCACUCUGUUUCGGCCACUUUUAGCGACCUCAAUGGACUGAAUCAAGACUUCGUGUUUGUGACUCCCAUCGAGGUGGAUGCCGGGGGAGCCUACGUGACCCAUGACUUGGCCAGACGGGGGCGCCGUCGAAGGUCGCUUCAGUCCCCGGAGGGUCCCGUCCACUACCGCCUGACAGCCUGGGGCAGGGACAUGCACCUGGACCUGCAGCCCUCCAAGGUGGUGGCCGAGGGCUUCACGGUGCAGACCCUGGGGUCAGAGGGCAUCGCCACGGUGACGCAGGACGCGGACAUCCACGGCUGCCUCUACCAGGGAUUCAUACGCAACCUGUCAGCCUCCUCUGCAGCCAUAUCCACCUGCUCGGGUCUGGUGAGUCUCCGACACGGUCUGCUUCACGAUGCACUAUCAUACAGCAAACGUCCUGUCUUCUUCUGGCAGUGUGGACGUGACAGUGUUGGAGCAGGUUGA